AUGCGCUUCCGCAGUGGUGGUGGUGGUGGUGGGGGCUCCACAGCGUUCGCCGCUGCAUGGGAGGUGCAUGUGGCUUUGGGCCUACAUUCCAUUGUGCACCCCAGUUCAGUUGUAGCCCUGGAGGAAGCGGAGAGGGGCGGACAGAGGACGGCGCCUCUCACACGGUGCUGUCGGCCGCCCUCAUUGAACCUCCCCUCCUCCUCACGCACACACAGACGUCUUCUCCCACGGCAAUCCUCCAUCGCUCUUGCUUCCUUCCCACAAAACUGUACACCCCACGCCCACCCUCCCAUGCAACCUACGCAUUCGCCCAUACACCCGUACCCGCGCGCGGACGAGCGGGCACACCCACACACCCGUUUGUGCGUGCGUUUCGCGCCGCUUUCCUCAUCUUUUAGUCGUGGCUCUGCUUUUUCUCAUUGGGGCUCUUGCGAGAUGCUUGGCGGCUUUACCAACUACGCCCACCUCCGGCUGCGGGAUCACCGACCGGGCAACGGUGAUUACGAGCUCCCGCCAGGGUUCGGCCCCAACUCGAGCUCCUCCAAGCGCUCCAUCUUAGCGCGCCACUACGUACCGACGGGUGGUGAGUCAUGCAGCGUCGGGCCUGGAGCGUAUGCGCUCCCCACGACCAUCGGCACAGGCCGCUCAGCGCGCUUUGCCCCGAUUCUGAGUGACCGGUGCGGGCCUGCGGCGAAGGCGUCUGCUGGCCAGUGCUCCAGCGACCGGCCUCUCGCCGUCGCCGCUCAUCCAAAGCAGUACAGCAUGGCGCUCUGCCCCGACACCCCCUCCUAUAGUCUCUGCGGCCGUCUCAAGUCCGAGUGGGAUAAACAGGGCGCGGCUGCUUCUCCUGGCCCUGCCGCCUACGAUGUGCCCGGAUACUUCGACACGCUGGACCCCCAGCAACAACAACAGCACCUGUGGUCGGGUCCCGUACCCGGCGUCCACUUGGGCAUUCGCACAGUGCUGCCAGAGUCACGCGAGAAAGCCGGCAUGCCUGGUCCUGGCGCAUACAACCUCGUGCGGUUUGGCGACGAGCUGCCCAGAACCCGCGAACCCCUUAUCACUCGAAGCAGUCGUCGCGGCUGUGAUGCCGUCGCCGACACGCCUGGCCCUGGCGCGUACGACGAUCCAACGUCUAUCGCCUACCGCGCCGACCAAGUGCGGAGGAAGCGCUUCUUUACGCAAUGCUCCACGUUUGGUGGUCGCUGGUGUCGGCGGGAGUUUCACACAGCCGGGCCCGGCCCUGCUGCGUACAACACUCUCGUCGCGACAAAGCUGCUGGAGAAGAACCAACGACACGCCCCCAGGCUCGUGCGGCGCCAGCCACCGCUGGAUCGACAAUCCAUCGCGGAGGCUGCUGCGGCGCGCAUGAAGGUGUCCUGCGCCCCCACCCCGCAGACCUUCCCUACCCUCCCCUCAGAUUUCGACUUUGACUUCAGGAAAGGCAAGACGAUCGGCGGUAGGCCUCACGAGCCGCUGUCACGGACGGCGCCUUCUCACUUGACGCAGGCAGCGGGCGACAAGCCGAGUGGCAGCCGUGCCUUCUGGGAGUCCUCGCCACCGCCGGGUGGCCGCUUCGCAGCAACGCCCUUUGACGCGCAGUCGCACAGUCUUGCCGCCGAAAAGGCGGGUACCAAUGCGGCACGUCUCUCGGACGCGGCGAACUGCAAGCCCGGGCCAGGGUCGUACAAUGUGGAUGUGGACCCGACGGCUCGCCGCGUUCCGGCCUCGUUGUUUGGCCGAACGCUGAGCGCCAAGUCUGUCUCUGCUGAAAAUGGUGUGCCAGGCCCGGGUCAUUACCGCGUCGUGGACGAAACAGGCAGUGGAGGCACCAUCUUCUACAAGGGCGACUUCCACCCGCGCGGUUGUAGCGGCCAGGGCGGGUCCGCUGCGGAGAGCCUUGGCGUCGGCCCGGGCGCGCACUACAACGACGACACCAUGUACAGUAAUAGCAUCAACGGCGACCGCGCCAAUAACAAAGGCUUUACGAUGGGCAUCCGCUACCCGGCCAGGGCCACCUAUCAGCACUGCGCCCCGUACGACGAAACGACGAACAUCAACUGCGUCUACGACGACGAGCUGAACUGGGUGGUGCGGCCCAAUCAGCACCUGCCACAGAUUCGCCGCGGUAAGCUGUAG